GCAUUUUGCCGUGCAGUUUUCUUAUCCGGCUUACAAUGUGAACCGAGUCGUGCAAAAUUCCGUUCCAGCUUGUUCCCUUUAGCCUGUGAGGCAGCUGUUAACUCGGAUCCUGUUAAGCUUGCAGGAUAAAGCCGAACAUCGAGCAUUAAAACAAACCUAAUUUAAGUCCUGCUAUCGAUUGAACAAUUUACUUAACUGUACCUCUUAACUGUUUUAUAAGCUUGAGGCAACUUCAUUAAAAAAUAAUUAAUGAUACUUGUCGUACAUGGAGGUUUUUUCCAUGCAGCGACAAGUCUGGUUAAUUGUUUAGCAUUUCGGGAAAUAAUGGUUUUGGUGGCUUAAGCGUCCGAAUCCCUUUCAGAGCCUCAGCAACACAACAAGUAUUUAUUGCGGUUUGAUUUACUAGAAUUGUGCCCGCUAUGCGGGCCCAUUGCUGAGUGGUAAAAUGGUGCAUUCAUCGAUAUAUCAUCAGAGCUGGCAACAGUUUCCCAGCGCUCAGCUAACUGGAGGCAUCCCAAAGUCGCCCUCAUUCCACAGCGGUCUCGAUCUAUUGGUGGCCUCCGCCAGCGUUGAUUCCCUCAAAGCCUACGCCCUCGAUCACGCCGAAAUGACCGAUCAGAGCGCAGACUUUUACGGCUUGAACGGAUCGGAAUCGUGCGCUCCCGACCUGAUCCGAAACGGCUUUAGAAACACCAGCGCUGAGCGUCCGCCCCCCAUCAAACAGUUGCCUCUGUUGAAAGAAGCGCCAGCUUCGGAGCGCGAGGAACUCUUCGUCCAGAAGCUGAGGCAGUGUUGCGUGCUGUUCGAUUUCGCGUCGGAUCCCCUCUCCGACUUGAAAUGGAAGGAGGUGAAACGCACGGCCCUGACGGAGAUGGUGGAGUUUGUUACCGAAACCAAGGGCUUCAACACGGAGAACGUUUAUAUGGAGGCUAUUAACAUGUUUGCGGUGAACCUGUUCCGGACGCUGCCGCCCUCAUCGAACCCCAAUGGGGCGGAGUUCGACCCCGAAGAGGAUGAGCCCACCUUGGAGGCGGCGUGGCCCCAUUUGCAACUGGUUUACGAACUGUUUCUCCGGCUGCUCGAGUGUCCCGACUUCCAAGCGAACCUGGCCAAACGCUUCAUCGACCAGAAGUUUGUGCUGCAGCUGCUGGAACUGUUCGACAGCGAAGAUCCCCGGGAACGCGAUCUGCUGAAGACGACCCUCCACAGGAUAUACGGGAAAUUUUUGGGGUUGCGCGCCUUCAUUCGGAAGCAAAUCAACAACGUUUUCUAUCGGUUUAUCUACGAAACGGAGCACCACAACGGCAUAGCGGAGCUACUGGAGAUCCUCGGGUCGAUAAUUAACGGCUUCGCCCUGCCCUUGAAGGAAGAGCACAAAGUGUUUCUGUUGCGCGUCCUGAUGCCGCUCCAUAAAGCGAAAUCGCUGUCCGUCUACCAUCCGCAGCUGGCCUAUUGUGUAGUACAAUUUCUGGAGAAAGAUCCGUCGCUCACGCAGCCUGUGAUCCGCAGCCUGCUCAAGUACUGGCCGAAAACCCACAGUCCCAAAGAGGUGAUGUUCCUGAACGAGUUGGAGGAGAUUCUCGACGUUAUCGAGCCGGCCGAGUUCCAAAAGAUUAUGGUGCCGCUGUUCCGACAACUGGCAAAGUGCGUCAGCUCGCCCCAUUUCCAAGUGGCCGAACGUGCUCUGUAUUACUGGAAUAAUGAGUAUGUGAUGUCGCUGGUAGCGGAAAACGCAUCCGAGAUUUUGCCCCUGAUGUUCCCCAGCUUGUACAAGAACUCGAAAAGCCACUGGAACAAGACAAUACACGGGCUAAUCUACAACUCUCUCAAGCUGUUCAUGGAGAUGAACCAGAAGCUGUUCGACGAGUGCACGCAGCAGUACCGACAAGAGCGUCAAAGAGAGAAGGACCGGCAGAAUCAGCGCCAGGAGCUAUGGGAGAAAGUACAGACUUUGGCUAAGUCCAGUACGGAGUUCGAGGUGAUCCGGAACACGUCUGAUGCCAAUGUGAUCACUACUCCCGAAGGUGAGGACGAAAUCACUCUGGAUAUGGAGCACGAGACGAUAGAGGCAAAGAAGAGUCGCAACUUGAACAAGCCGCUCGUGCGACGCAAAUCCGAACUGCCCCAAGAUCACUACACGGUGAAAGCACUCAACGAUCAUAAAAGAGCCGACGAGUACCUGCCCACUCCGCCUGAUGUGAACAAGUGCUAGUCAUCCGCGCACUUCGGCAUGCAGCUAACGAUCGGGUAACGCAGCACGUUAACCGAUUGCUAGUUUCUUUUGUGGUGGCAGGUGAACACAGUCUACAAUAUGACUCUUUUAUCGUGAACUUUGUGUAAUCGUGCUCAAUGGCAGCAUGUUGCCAAAGAGGAUGUUUUUGCCUUGAUGCAUAUCCGGAUGCAUGGCCGGAUGGCAUUGGGGUGGAAGCAAGUCGAACCCCAUUAUUCUAAAACAAAAGUCUGUUAGAUUUAACUGUUUGUGCUGCUCUCGAUGGCUGGACGCAAUAUGUGGUGUUAUAAUGAUUUAUAUUCACAUGAUGUGACUUCCAAAGAUUCGCCAGCCUCGAGAGCCGCAAUUCACACUGGAACCCCCCUGGUGCUCGAUUUUCUUGCGCUGGACUUGGUGUAUACGUAUUUGCUUACUCUGAGAUUAUCUGCAACGUAAUAUUUAGCCAACGAGGCUGAAGAAACGGUUAACUGGUAUUUUUACACUCAUCUAUCACUGGAACAGAUGAACCUAUAUUAUUAAAUUAAACUUAACAAGUAGCGUUACGGUAAAUUUACGCUCAUACUUUGGGUUUUCCCGUCAUUUAUUAUACUUUUCCUAGUGUAAGGCCACGAUGUUGAAGAAAACACGUUAGUGAAUCUAUUAUGUAUUAGCCGAUUAGUAGGGGAUUGCUUUCGAUGUGUCAAAGCCAAUCUUCAUUAUAACACGACCUAGAUCUAAUCAUAGCAUUGGAAUACGUUCAAUAAUUAGUUUUAAGGGGUGUACAAUGAAAGGAAUCUGUAUAGUACUGUUAAGGGAGUUGAUAUUGUAUUAGACAGUAUUUUUUUAAAUGUACAGCUUUGCUUUAUGACGAAUAUAAUAUUGUUUCAAGAGGA